UAGGCGAGUGGAGCCUGACCAAGUCAAUGUAGUGUACCCAAUGAAACAGUACAAGCAAUUAAUGAGUCCCCAGUAUCAAUCCUUUGUCAACAAACCCACACACCCCCCCCAAUCGUGUUUCUACCACACCCACAUCCAAUUACUCCAAACCCCAAAAUUGUUUUUGUUUUUUUGUUUGAUUUCGUGAACAUUCCAAAAUGGAAAAACCAAACCCAGAAACAAAGAUUCAGGGGAUGUGAAUCCUAGCGCGCCUGCAUGUUCUUUGAAAGCCAAUGGAAUUGUAUUAAAAUCAAGCAUAACAUCUCGUGAAGGAAGCUAGAGCCCAAGCUCUCUUCAGCUCCUCCUCAAACAAAGGAUCCUCGUGACGUUGAGCUCUUCAUUUUCACGAGUUUCCUCGUCUCUCUCACUCCUCCGAUAUCCCUCCUCUUACGCUCUUUUGAAUUCUCUGCAACUCCUUCAAAUACCCCACCAACUUUUCUCCAAAGCAUGCAUCCAACUCCAAGCACUUCCCUUGUGUUCUCAUUCCUCCAUGGAAGCCAAAGCUCAGCUCUUGUUUUCUAUCCUCUUUCUCUUCUUGGUUUUUGUCCAUGCUCAAUCUCUACAAACAUAUAUUAUUCAGCUGCACCCACAUGGGGUCACUGCUUCUUCUUUCAGCUCUAAGGUUCAGUGGCAUCUUUCCUUUCUUGAACGCAUCAUUUUCUCAGAGGAUGACCCGUCUUCUCGCCUUCUAUACUCGUAUCAUUCUGCAAUGGAAGGCUUUGCAGCUCAGCUAUCUGAAACCGAGCUCGAGUCCUUGAGAAAGUUGGGUGAAGUUAUAGCGGUUAGGCCAGACACAAGGCUCCAACUUCACACUACUUACUCUUACAAGUUCUUAGGACUCAGCCCUGCAAGCAGAGGUGGUUGGUUUCAGUCUGGAUUCGGGCAUGGAACCAUUGUUGGAGUGCUUGAUACUGGAGUUUGGCCUGAAAGUCCAAGCUUCAGUGAUCAUGGGAUGCCUCCGGUUCCAAAGAAAUGGAGAGGGGUUUGCCAGGAAGGACAGGACUUCAACUCUUCGAACUGCAACAGGAAACUCAUUGGUGCCAGGUUCUUCAGCAAAGGCCACCGUGUGGCUUCAAUAUCGCCAUCCUCAGACACUGUCGUGGAGUAUGUGUCGCCCCGGGAUUCUCAUGGGCAUGGGACUCACACAUCAUCAACGGCCGGGGGAGCUUCAGUUCCCAUGGCGAGCGUGCUUGGUAAUGGAGCUGGUGUGGCUCAGGGGAUGGCCCCACGUGCCCACAUUGCCAUUUAUAAAGUGUGCUGGUUCAGUGGCUGUUACAGCUCUGAUAUCUUAGCUGCAAUGGAUGUCGCCAUUAGAGAUGGGGUCGACAUCCUUUCGCUGUCUCUUGGUGGCUUUCCAAUACCACUGUUUGAUGACAGCAUAGCCAUUGGCAGUUUCCGAGCAAUGGAGCAUGGAAUUUCGGUCAUAUGUGCAGCAGGAAACAAUGGUCCAAUCCAAAGCUCUGUUGCCAAUGAGGCACCUUGGAUUACAACCGUUGGGGCAAGCACACUUGACCGGCGAUUUCCAGCUAUAGUUCGAAUGGGUAACGGGAAAAGACUCUACGGAGAAUCAAUGUACCCUGGGAAACACAACCCAUAUGCUGGAAAGGAGCUUGAGCUGGUUUAUGUGACAGGAGGAGACUCAGGAAGUGAGUUUUGCUUCAAAGGGUCUCUACCCAGAGCAAAAGUUCUUGGGAAGAUGGUGGUCUGUGACCGGGGUGUCAACGGAAGGGCAGAAAAAGGUGAAGCUGUGAAGGAAGCUGGUGGUGCUGCAAUGAUUUUAGCAAAUACAGAGAUUAAUCUAGAGGAGGAUUCAGUUGAUGUGCAUGUCCUACCAGCAAGUUUGAUUGGUUUUGCAGAAUCAGUUCAGUUGAAGAGUUACAUGAACUCCUCAAGAACACCCACAGCUAGAAUUGAGUUUGGAGGGACCGUGAUUGGGAAAUCCAGAGCACCAGCAGUAGCUCAAUUUUCUUCCAGAGGACCAAGCUUAACCAACCCUACCAUACUCAAACCUGAUAUCAUUGCUCCUGGGGUGAACAUCAUUGCUGCCUGGCCUCAAAACCUGGGUCCCUCUGGCCUUCCUGAAGAUUCUAGAAGAGUGAACUUCACUGUCAUGUCGGGGACUUCAAUGGCUUGUCCCCACAUCAGUGGAAUUGCGGCUCUCAUCCACUCGGCUAACCCCACAUGGACCCCAGCUGCAAUUAAAUCUGCAAUGAUCACAACUGCAGAUGUAACCGACCAUACAGGAAAGCCAAUCAUGGAUAGUAACAAACCUGCAGGAGUCUUUGCCAUGGGAGCUGGACAGGUGAACCCUGAGAAAGCCAUUGAUCCGGGAUUGAUAUAUGACAUCAAGCCAGAUGAGUAUAUCACUCAUCUAUGCACUCUAGGAUACACAAGAUCAGAAAUCUUUGCUAUUACACACGGGAAUGUUAGCUGCCAUGAACUCGUGCAGAAAAACAAGGGAUUCAGCCUUAAUUACCCCUCUAUUUCUGUCAUUUUCAGGCAUGGAAUGAUGAGUAAGAUGAUUAAAAGACGAUUGACAAAUGUGGGGGUCCCUAAUUCCAUUUACUCAGUGGAAGUAGUGGCACCUGAGGGAGUCAAAGUGAGAGUUAAACCCCAUCAUCUGAUAUUCAAACACAUAAAUCAAAGCUUGAGUUACAGAGUUUGGUUUAUAUCAAGGAAGAGAACAGGGGAGGAGAAGACCAGCUUUGCACAAGGGCAUUUGACAUGGGUGCAUUCUCACCAUACUUCUUACAAGGUUAGAAGCCCGAUUUCCGUGACUUGGGCAAAGUAGUGGCAAUUUAGUAGUUGUAGCAGUUGUCUUAGCAUAAUAGUUGUAAGUGUUCCAGCUUUCCCUAUUGUUACUCACUUGGGGAAUGAUGUUCAUGAAGAUUUUAUGAGUAGUGUUACUGUUUGUACCUUGCCACUGAGGGACAAGUGAUAAAAAACUAACCCUUUUUAUCAUCCAAUAAAGACAAAAUUUAUUGUCACAGAUA